AUGUCUUCCAAAUCCCCAGAAGAAGAAGAGGCAUCCCCACAAACCGCUCGUCCCCCGCAACAACAACAAACCACACCCCAACGCCCCAUCUCCGGGUUCACAAGCGCCGAGGAGCUAGAACUAUGGUACAUCUCUCUCUUCGCACGAGCCGAAGGGGAACUGACAGCUUUGCUCCAAGCAAAGCUAAGUCUCAGUGGCGACCUCUCACUCAAUUGCAAUUGUGCGGUCCUGAUUAGUAAAGUGGAAGAAAGACUCCGAGAGCUAGAGUACUGGUUUGCGGAAGAUACGAUGAGAUGUCGGGAGCGGUUGACGAGGGAGAUUGAGGGGUUUGAGGGGCGGGUCAGGAAGCAGCUUGGGGAUGGAAGGCAGGAGAUGGGGAAUUGGUGGAGGUUGUGGGAGUAUAGACGGGAGUUGGGGAUUUUGGGGAGAUGUGGGGAGAUGUUGGGUGAGAGAGUACAGGGAGGGAAUGGAAAGGAAAGGAACAUUGUACUCAGAAUGGGCGGUGGUAGGGGGUGAUGUAGACAGUAUUGGUAGAAAUGGCUGGUUAUGAAAAGCUAAAAGGAAACAAAAGUUAG